AUGCAGAAUCUCGUAACUGAUAAUGCGACCGAUCCUCUCAAAGCAGUGGGCUUUUACUAUGUGGAGCCUAUCCGAAUUUUCGACUCCAUGACAGUAGAUUUUAAGGCCGCAUCACCUGCCAAUGUAGCUCAGAGUUGUUCUCUUAAGUACAUUGAUAGUAUCCUGGCUGAGGAAAUAUGUUCUUGCUUGUCGACCACUAUUGCAGACCUUUCUACUGCUCAUGUAUCAUCGCAGGUGAAUGAUACGACUCUUAAGGCUACUAGAUGCUUCAAACUAUAUCUUUCAACAGAUAAACCAGUGUUGGGCGACCCUAUUCUACAAUAUCUCGUAUUAGACAAGCUGAGUCCUAAGGCCGUCAUUGGUCUAGACGGUAUGAAGCGCCUAAGCACUGAGAUUGUCCUUGAUGAUAAGAUGAUGGUUCAGUUUAAGCCUCCAAAGUUGCCCGAAUUGAAUAUUUUCCAAGAUUAUCACGGAGACCUUGUGGCCGUACUCAAUGAUGGUAAAGAUAUCUGGUCGAACCAGACUUAUUCUACUGUGUGCCAGUUCCCCAACGCUGCUAUUGAUAAGCUCAAGAACUGGCAGUCGGUGAAUAGUGCUCCUGAUUAUAAGAUGAGGGUCCGAGAGCUAGAUGAUAAAGACCGUGACGUACCUCAACAACGUUAUUGCUUCGAGUUUUCGAUUCCCAUGAAUGAGAAUGGUAAGAGGACCCGCCAACAACAAUACAACUACUCUGGUGCUAUGAUUGGCAAGCUGAAGCCUGAAGAACGGGAGAGUUAUAAGAAUGAGAUUGAUGGCUAUCCAAGGGCAGGUUAUUGA